AUGCACGUCAGUGCUGCACCACCAGGCCCGAACGGGUCUUACAACAAAGAGCUGGUUUGCCGUCGGGCACCGGCGAAGCCCCGCGAGCAAAUUAUUUACGUAGGGAGCGGAGGCAGCGGCGCGGCCGACGUCGUGGCUCGCGCCCCUCCCCCAGCGGCGACCGCGGCCCGCGAUUGGCCGGGCGUCGCCCAAUGGCAGCAGGCCCCGCCCUGGCGGCCCGGCCAUGCCGGCGUGCCGCCACUCGCGGCCCGGCCGCCGCCAGAAGCGCCUCAGCUCGCCAUGCUGCUGCGGCCCGCCAUGUCCGAGUCCCCGCUAGACCUGCGUGGCGUGCACCUGCAGGACUCUGACUCCGACGUCAAUGUGGACUCCGACGACGACGGCGCGCCUCCGGCGGGUGGCCUGCCGCCGGAGUACCCGAGACAUCUGAUCGCCGCCGGCCCCGGAGCCCCUCCCGGGGUCGUCAGCGGUGGGAAUACGACACCCACGCCGGCGCUCUCGCCCGGCUCCGAGGAGGCAGCCGCCGUCUCCGUCUCCCCGUCGUCCAACGGCGGCGGCAAGAAGUCCUCCGGAUCAAGCGGCGGCGGCGGCACGACGCAGGUGAAGCCGCCGUACUCGUAUAUCGCGCUCAUCACCAUGGCUAUCCUACAGUCGCCGCACAAGAAGCUCACGCUCAGCGGAAUCUGCGAGUUCAUCAUGGCGCGCUUCCCGUACUACCGCGAGAAGUUCCCCGCCUGGCAGAACUCGAUCCGCCACAACCUGUCGCUCAACGACUGCUUCAUCAAGAUCCCGCGCGAGCCGGGCAACCCGGGCAAGGGCAACUACUGGACGCUCGACCCGAUGGCGGAGGACAUGUUCGACAACGGCAGCUUCCUGCGGCGGCGCAAGCGCUACAAGAGGCAGCCGCCCGAGUUCCACCACCACCACCACCACCAGCACCACGCGGCGGCGGUGGCCGCGGGGCUGCUCGACGCCUACCACCGCCACCACCACCACCAGCAGCACCACCACCACCAGGCGGCGGGCGCGCCGCUGCCCUAUCCGUACCUGUCGCCGCUGCCGCCGCUGCUGCCGCCGGCCGAGCUGGCGCGCCUCUCGCUGGGCCUCGGG